AGUGCGUUGACUCAGGAGCUUAACUAUACUGACGUUCAACACGUGAUUAUGGUGUAUUUUGUCAGUAGUGUGCGGCUAUGAUCCACUUGUAUUGUAACUUCAGAUUAAGUAUUGAUGGUUAUUUAGGUCAGUUGUGGAGAUUCUGAGUGAGGCGUGACAGCACUUUUGAACACACAGGAGGUGCAGUAGUGUGAAGCGGCAUGACCUGAGCCCGGGUGGUACUGCUCUGCAAAUGUGAGAAAGCGGCCACAGGUGAGACUCCAUCAAGUGGUGCUGUGUGUUCUGUCCACUCACUUGUGAUGUAAAUACUGUGCAGCAAUACCGCCACGUAUGUGCGACACUGAGCACAUACUUUGCCUUGGAUCUUGAUGGACAGUAUUUGCUGUUUGGUUGUAUUGCACACUGGGAGUCAAGCAAGCGGCACUCUGAAGUUGUGGGGCACGAUAGUUGGCCCUGUGAGAAGCACCAUGGGAGCAGCAUCUGCCAUCGUGCUGGUGUUUGUCGGGUGUUGCACCAAUGUGGUGUUCCUGGAGCUUCUGGUCAAGGAGGAGCCAGGCAGUGGGAACAUCAUCACCUGUGCCCAGUUUGUCUUCAUUGCUCUUCAUGGCUUCCUGUUCACCACACAGCUUGGCACCAAGAAGAAUGUUGUCCCCAUCAGGGACUACAUGGUGCUGGUGGUGCUGUUCUUUGUGGUCAACGUUUGCAACAAUCUGGCAUUUGCAUUCAACAUCUCCAUGCCACUCCAUAUGAUAUUCCGCAGUGGAGGCCUGAUUGCCAACAUGGUGAUGGCAGUGGUGGUGAUGGGCCGCCGCUACUCAGCCUCUAAGUGCCUCAGUGUGGGCAUGAUCACCCUCGGCACCCUCGUGUGUACCUAUGCAUCUGCCCAGACCCUGGAUAAGGGUGGUGGAGGAAGUAAUGAUGGAGGCAGUGGUGAGAGUAGUGAGGGCAGUGAAGGUGUUAUGCCCAGCUUGGUGACAUGGCUGGGAGGCAUUGCCCUGCUGACCUUUGCCCUGUUCCUGUCAGCCAGAAUGGGCAUCUUCCAGGAGUGUCUGUACACCCGCUACGGCAAGCACCCUUGGGAGGCUCUGUUCUACAUUCAUGCUCUCUCCCUGCCCGGGUUUCUGCUGACAGUGGGCAGCAUAAUAGACCAUGCCAAGAGGUUCUCCUCCUCCAUGCCCCUGCCCUCCCUGGCCUCUGUACCAUUGCUGGCAGCCAUUCCUCACAUGUGGUUCUAUCUCCUGGGCAACACUCUCACACAGUUUGUGUGCAUCAGCUCCGUGUUCCACCUCACCUCGGAGUGCACCUCCCUCACCGUCACGCUGGUGCUCACUCUACGCAAGUUUCUUUCUCUUCUCUUCUCCAUUGCAUACUUCCGCAACCCCUUCACUGUCACUCACUGGCUGGGCACGGCACUUGUCUUUGGCGGCACUCUGCUCUUCUCUGAGGUGCCUGACAAGCUGAGGGAAGCAGUGGCUCCUUCACCUCCUGUGGCGGCCAUCAUCACCACCACCAGGAAGACUGACUAAGAGAGAGAGAGAGAGAGAGAGAGAGAGAGAGAGAGAGAGAGAGAGAGAGAGAGAGAGAGAGAGAGAGAGAGAGAGAGAGAGAGAGAGAGAGAGAGAGAGAGAGAGAGAGAGAGAGAGAGGAUGGGUGGUUGGAAUUAAUAGGAUAGAGGCAGGCAGUGUGUGUAAAGACAAGUUGCAAUUUACAUAUAUCCCAUUCAUGAAUUUCCAAAGUUACAGUUAAAAUAAUUGUGACAUCCUGAUUUUCAGUUGCAGACUUUGGAUACAUGAUUAAAAAUCUCAAAAAAUUGAUCUCAGAGUUAUUAUGAAUGCAAUGAGUAUGAGAAUUCACAAUAUAUGUACUGCAGUUAAUCUGAAUUUACAGAUUUUCUGCUUAUGAACAGUUUUUAAAAGACAUGACUCAUUUGUUUGACUGUAGUGUUAUUUAUGUGAGUAUGUAUACCAAACUACCUGAGGAAGUGGAGAGACUAUUUUUGUAUGAUGGCUGACUGAUGGUGUGGGUGUUGUGUUCCUGGUGUGGGGACAGUGUUGCUCUCUUGGUGGAAGGCAGAGAAGAAACAUGAUGAGCAACAUCUGGAGGAGACAUACAUUUUGCCAUCCUGUGACUUUAGGGAAACGGCUAAAGGAGAAGAGAAGAAGCAUGAGGCUGUGUAGCACUAUGAGGAAACAUUCCUGCUGCUGCUGCUUUGUGAUCUGCUGGCCUGCCAUGGCUUGCUCAUGGAGAGUGUGAAUGUUCUCUAGUGACAAAAAAUAUUUGUUAUAUUAUUUAUUGGUGAGACAUAGUGAAGCUGAAGGGUGUCCAGUGCUACUGUUGAGAUGGAUAGGUGUUGAUGAAGUUGAGGGUUCUAUAAAACCGGUGUUUGAUAUUGAAAGGUCUGUAAUGCUGCUCUUUAGAUGUCACCUGGUUGAAAUGGAGAGGUGUUGAUGAAGCUGAAAGUUCCAUAAAGCCAGCAUUUAAUGUCUUGCAUGUUCCCUUUACAAGCAGAGCUCUCCUUUUAGUAGUGUUUGUACAGCAGGUGUUAUCUUCUUACUCCAUACAGUACUUAUACACCAUCACUUACAGGAAACAACUUGUCAUUAGCAACUUAGUUGUAUCCGUACUCUCUAGGACAAGGAGUAGAUGCAACUGAAACCUGUAUUCAGAAAUGCUUUGCUCUCUCAAUCACCAUGACUGUUUUCAAAGGCCACAGAGAAGAUGAGCUGGAUUCUUGAUUAUGUUUCUCCUGCUCAUGAUGUAGAAAUGUUUAUUUGCUCAUGAUGUAGAAAUGUUUAUUUGUCACUAGAACCUUAAAAGCACCCUUCAAAACCCAUGUAGCUUCAACCAGAGCAGUGCAGAAGUAUUCCAGAAUAUGCUCCUGAUAGUGAUGAAUAGUACUUCCUCACUCAAUGCUUCCACCGACUUUGCUAUUUACUGAAAGGUGAAGAUAAGCCAGAAAGGAUGACUGGUUCUCCCCUCAUUCUAUGUUUCCACUGCCUUCAUCACCUUAUUGACAAGGAAUACAGCACAGCCAGCAGUGGUGCACAGUGCUCUUGUCACUACCCUCAUCACUUCUUUCACUGAUGAGGAGUGAAGCACAGGCAGUGGUGAGGAACAAUUCUCCCCUCCCUACUUGCUUCAUCAUUCAUCAUUCCAUCACUCUUCCUCAUCCCCAAGCACUGCUGUGCUCCCCUUCAUCUCUACUGAUCUAUCCUGGAGGUAUAUAAGCUGUCAAAAUAAAAAAAAACAUGCUUGAUAUCUGUACAAGCAGUGAAACUUAAUCUAGAUGGAAAGCUGUUUUAUAUUACAAAGUUUAUUGUUAAAUGUUAUGUUUAUUUUCUCAGUGUGCAUACUUGGUGUGCUAUGCAUCUUAAUAUUCUACAGUACAUGAUGAUAUAUUUACUAUAAGGUGUUAAUCUUCAUGUUAUGUAAAGUGCUUGUUGACCCUAGUGUUAUAUAAAGGACAGUAACCCCACAAAGUGAGGUUACAGGGUGGUUAGUUCUAAGUUUUGUGCUUUGUUUUCUCAUUUGACAACCGAAAAGUCAGUGUCUGUGAGGCAUUACAUCCAUUAACUUAUUUAUUGAAUAUUUAUUAUAUUUAUCUUCUAUUUAUUAUGUUAAAAAUUUAAUAUAUUUAUCUCCUAUUCAUUUUGUUAAUUCAAUGAAAUGUAGGAUAAUACUAUAGUUCAUGAAAUACUUAUAUGUCAUUUAAUUAAGCAUUUUGUAAAAGAUUGUCCCUGUCACUUUCCACUGGGGACUGAUGGAGGUGAGAGUGAAUAAUGUGUGUGUGUGUGAGAGCCACCCCAUGUGGGAUUGCCGGCAUGGUACAUACUCGUAGAUAGAUAGAUAGUAAAAGGUUGUGUGAUGUUGAUAAAGAUGAGAUAUGAUGUAAAUGUUUACUGUCACAAACUGGUGUGUGAGAGAAUAAGCCUGUGUCAGUAACAUGUUUAUAUUUCUUCAGACAGAGAGAUUACUGUGUGAGGGUAAAGGUGCAACUCUCCAGGCCAGGGUGUGUAGUGGCCAGGCCAUGUGUGGCUGCAGUGUCCAGGUGACCAUUCCUUAUUUGUGUUCAUUUCAAUGUUUAUGGAACCACUAAUUUUUGUAUGCAUUAAUUCGAGUUUUGCUAUGGUGUUCAUCUAGCCAUUCCUUGUGUUCAUUUCAGUGUUUGCACAACCACUAAAUUUUGUUCACAUUCCUUCAAGCUCUUGUACUGUGUUCCAGGCAGCCAUUCCUUCUUGUACUCAUUUAAGUCUCAGUAAUGUUCACUCAGGCAUUCCCUCUCGUUCACCUUCCUUUAAGUUUAUUGAAUUUUGCCAUGGUGAGAACUUGCUCCUACAGAACUAAGAAUUUGCAGUUUAUAUUACUUUUGCAACAUUACAAUUUUGUCUUAUAACAAAAUUUGUUGUGAGUCAGCUUUAGUGGUGAUACUGGGAUACCUACUGAAAAUGCUGUGAAUUAUUUGUGUGUGUGUGUGUGUGUGUGUGUGUGUGUUUUUGGGAGCUUUCAUUUCCAGUCAAUCAGUGAGUCAAUCAAUCAAUAGGUUUUAACUCCUGUGUAGAGGUGAUGAGCUUAAAAAAGAGUGUAGAUAGAGACAGUGUGAUAUUUGUAGACACUAAUUCACUAUGAUCAGAAACUGUGAUAUAUCCUUUUUUUUUUUUUAUUAAUUAAUUAAUUUUUUUCUUUUUAUUUUUCUGUCAUCCAUACUCAGUUUGUGUACCUGAAUGUGUGAGGUGUGGCAGGCAAGUAUUGUGUUGCAGUGGCAUAUUGCAAGACAGUGUUCCGUGUUCCCUUCCUGCAGAAAUGCUUCCUCACUAACGUGGUGUCAAAUACGGGUUGUCUCCAUUUGCAUGUGCAUGUGUGUGUGUGUGUGUGUGUGUGUGUGUGUGUGUGUGUGUGUGUGUGUGUGUGUGUGUGUGUGUGUGUGUGUGUAAAUAUAAUUAUUGAAUGGCAUGUUAUACAGUGGUAAGAUACAAUUAAGUGAAUGUGCAUUGGGACCAAUGUUUGGGGAGUUCAGGUUGUGCCUGGCAGUGGCAGCAGACAUAUAUCUGAGAUGCCUUGUUAUGUAUCAGUCCAUCAUAUAAUACAGUACCCAGAGUGAUCCAUAAUUGUAAAGGAAUGAAUGGCAAGAAGUGAGAUGAAUUGAGUGUACUAUAUGUGUAUGAUUGUACAGGAAAAUGUAUCUGAUAUUCCUUGUUUAGUAAUCAGGCAUCAUUAGGGAACACCAAGAAAUAAUUGCAAUAGUAGUAAUUGGGAAUAAUAAAAGUUAAUAUUGGUGAA